AUGUCGUACGCACGCGGAACAGAACUCGACCCCUUGGUCGAUCAAUUCCAGCAUUUGUCCACAAAAUCUCGUGCAAAUGAAGCCCUCCACAUCCUCAAGAGGACAGCUUCUAUUGUGAAACCCAUUAUGCGAAUUCGCAACUGGCGUGUCGGAAUGCUAUGCGAAUUCUUGCCUGAAGACCACUUCCUGCUAGGCCUGAACGUCAACCGUGGCGAAAAGAUCUAUCUCCGCUUACGCUACCCCGGAGACGAUACACAAUUCUUGCCGUUCGAGAACGUCGUGGAUACCAUGUUGCAUGAGUUAUGCCACAUUGUCCACGGUCCACAUGACCAGGCCUUCCACGCCUUGUGGGAUAAACUCCGCGACGAGCAUGAAACACUCCUCCGCAAGGGCUACACCGGCGAGGGAUUUCUCGGCAAAGGAACUCGACUAGGAGGUCGUGGCAUACCAAGAGCCGAGCUUCAACGACAAGCCCGUGCAGCGGCGGAGAGACGGCGGCAGGUGUCGGUCCUUUCGCAAGGCAGUGGAGGAAAGGUCGGCGGACAGGGCAUCUUGCGAGGCCAGAACGCUCGAGAGAUCAUCGCUGCUGCUGCCGAGAAACGCAAUCGCAUCAGCCGAGGGUGUGGCAGCGCCGUGCCCGACAUGGGCCGGAAGAUAAUGCAGGAGGAGGCUGUCAAAAAGGAGAAAGUCACCACCACCAAGGCCGACAAAGCGGAAGAGGACGAGGCGGCAUUGAUGCAGGCAUACAUUGACAUGAUCCAAGAAGAAGAGGCGCAGAUGGUGGGCGCGGGAUACGUCCCUCCCAGUCAGGAUAAUCCCACAGGAGGUGUCCGGAAGGGCAACAGUAUCGUCCCUCCAGUUGACACGAGAUCGCUGCGCGAAGAACAACUUCAGAUUGAGCGGCAACUGCAACAACAACAGUCACGACCAGGCAAAGAGUAUGAACCCGAGACGAAACCAAAAGCCACAAAACCAAACACUCCGCCUCUCAACCAUCCGCCACCAGAACUGCCCCAGGACGAAGAAACAUGGACCUGCGAAGUCUGCACCCUCAUCAACCCAAUCAACUACCUGCUGUGCGGAGCCUGCGAGACCGAGCGGCCAGCCACUUACUCGCAGUCGUCGACAUCCAGUCCCACCAGCAGCUCGCAUUUUGCCACCAGACCGACAAAAUCUCAAGCCAACACCUCUCAAUCGCGUUCGUCGUCCACCAAUGCUCGCCCUCGCCAUCCUUCCUCGGUCCUUGCCCCCCGCCUCGGCGCCGCCGAUAACAUUGCACGCUUCGAAGCGGCGGCCAAGGAGAAAGCCCAGACCAACCCCUUGGGCUGGACCUGCGGACGAUGCGGCACGUGGAUGGAAAACCAGUGGUGGACGUGCAGUGUGUGCGGACGGAUGAAGGAGACUUCAUGA